GCAAACAUGUCAUUUCGCUCACGUUCCCGUGCCAGCCAACCCUUGACGUCUUCCUCAUCACGACGUCGUUCAUUGUCAAGUUCAAGGGUACAAGGUUCAGGGGGCUAUAAUGGCUACAAUGGAUCAUCAUAUGGCAGUGGUUUAUCAUCAAAUGGUGGAUAUGGUUCCUCUUCGUCGUCGAGACCCCUAAGCACUGGAUAUUAUGGCUCUAAUGGUUCCAAUUCAAAUUUGUCGUCUUCGUCGUAUUAUCAAAGUCCCUAUGCCAGUACAUAUUCAUCACGUGAUAAUUUGUAUGGCAGUGGUUCAUCGGGAUCGCGUAAUAGUAACACCUCCUCCAAUGGCUAUGAUGCCGCCCCCACAUCACGUUACUCUUCUUCGUCCAAUUCCUACGGUAGCUACAAAAGUCCCUAUGCCUCGUCGUAUGAUAACGGUAUAACAACAGCCUCUCUGAGUUUGGGCACCGCAGCUGCUAAAAAUUCCAAUUCCUAUUUGAAUAAAAACAUCUCCAGUUCACGUUCCUCGCUCAACUCGGUCAAGCCAUUGUCGACAUCGAAUAGCAGCUUAAAUUCAUAUCCUAGUUCGACGGCGACAACACCAAAUGCAGCUGCCAUGGCCGCCAUUGUAUCGCGUAGCAGUUCGUUGCGUGAACAGGAGAGAAAAUCACGUACACGUUCGCGUUCACGUACAGCAGCUCAACGAUCGCUAAGUGCUUCGUCGGAAAAGAGUGAAGGUUAUGAAAGCGGUAGUGAAAAUCGUGCUUCAAGAUCACGUGCCGGCAGUACAGUGUCGGUAGCGACAUCGACCAGUUCGGCCACAGAUGAUAAGAAGACACGCGACAAAACAGAACAGAACAGUGGUGAUAAUAUCGAUUACAAGGCAUUGUGGGAAGCUGUCAAAUUGGAAAAUGAAAAAUUGCGAGCACAGCUAAAGAAGAAAGACGAAGAAGUUAUACAGACACGUGCCACAUUGGAAAGAUUUGCUAAUGCUACAAAUAAAAAUUCUCUGUCAGAGAUUGAAAAGCGCGAAAGGCGAGCUAUGGAACGAAAACUUUCCGAAUUGGAAGAAGAGCUCAAGCUACUACAGAAGUUAAAGAAUGAGAACGAACGUUUACGUGCUGAAAAUCGUGCUCUCACACGUGUUGUCUCGAAGUUGACCUCAUCGGCCCAGAGUCAACUAUCGAAGGCCAAUAAUAAAUAAUAAUAAUAAAAAUAAGAAAAUACAUAUUCAAAAAACAAACAGCACAAUAUUUAUUUAUAU